GAACCCGGAAGUGCUUCGCGGCAGAGGCCCGGGCGACUCUUUUGAAUGGAAUCGGGCUGAUUCAUCGCCGGUUCGCGGAGCCAGAGUAGGGUCGAGCCUCAGACCGUGCCGCCACCGCCGUCGCCGCGUCACCGCAGCUGGAAGACAAGGGUCCAGACCGCGGCCUCCGGUCCCGACCGUCCGCAGGAAAGAGAGAAAAAAAUACUUGAGAAGAAUCAUACUUGCCAUUAUUAUCAACAAAUUGAAGCUUAACACCACAGGAGUUGUAGUUACUGACCAGAAAUAUGGACAGACUUCUUAGACUUGGAGGAGGUAUGCCUGGACUGGGCCAGGGGCCACCUACAGAUGCUCCUGCAGUGGACACAGCAGAACAAGUCUAUAUCUCUUCCCUGGCACUGCUAAAAAUGUUAAAACAUGGUCGUGCUGGAGUUCCAAUGGAAGUUAUGGGUCUGAUGCUUGGAGAAUUUGUUGAUGAUUACACCGUCAGAGUGAUUGAUGUGUUUGCUAUGCCACAGUCAGGAACAGGUGUCAGUGUAGAGGCAGUUGAUCCAGUGUUCCAAGCCAAAAUGUUGGAUAUGUUGAAGCAGACAGGAAGGCCUGAGAUGGUUGUUGGUUGGUAUCACAGUCACCCUGGCUUUGGUUGUUGGCUUUCUGGUGUGGAUAUCAACACUCAGCAGAGCUUUGAAGCCUUGUCGGAGAGAGCUGUGGCAGUGGUUGUGGAUCCCAUUCAGAGUGUAAAAGGAAAGGUUGUUAUUGAUGCCUUCAGAUUGAUCAAUGCUAAUAUGAUGGUCCUAGGACAUGAACCAAGACAAACAACUUCUAAUCUGGGUCACUUAAACAAGCCAUCUAUCCAGGCAUUAAUUCAUGGACUAAACAGACAUUAUUACUCCAUUACUAUUAACUAUCGGAAAAAUGAACUGGAACAGAAGAUGUUGCUAAAUUUGCAUAAGAAGAGUUGGAUGGAAGGUUUGACACUUCAGGACUACAGUGAACACUGUAAACACAAUGAAUCAGUGGUAAAAGAGAUGUUGGAAUUAGCCAAGAAUUACAAUAAGGCUGUAGAAGAAGAAGAUAAGAUGACACCUGAACAGCUGGCAAUAAAGAAUGUUGGCAAGCAGGACCCCAAACGUCAUUUGGAGGAACAUGUGGAUGUACUUAUGACUUCAAAUAUUGUCCAGUGUUUAGCAGCUAUGUUGGAUACUGUUGUAUUUAAAUAAAGCAAUGCAAAAAGAUAUUACUGAUACUUUCAGUGUAUAUUCCUCUAUUGUUCCUAAUGCUCAAAAUCAAGGGACCUCUGAAGGUGUAUUUGGUUAAAUGUAAGACAUCUGGUAUCAUUUGCAGCACUGUAACACCUUCAGUCGCAGUUGUGCAAUUACUUCUGUUUCUUUAGUCAGGGUCUUUGCAGAUUCCAAAGUUGUAUAAGAAUACAUCAAAGUGGACAAAUUUUGUUAAGAUCCCAUUUAAUAUUUGAAGAAAUCAGCCACACAAAUAUAUUUUGAUUGUUGCUUACAAAAUAAAAUACAUUUACAAUCUA